AUGAAAAUUCUGUUUUCAGACGAGAAAAUGUUCGACAUUGAUGGAGUUUAUAAUUCUCAAAAUGACCGAAUAUGGGCAAUUAAUCGUUCAGAAGCCGAUAUCAAAGGUGGUAUCCGGCAAAAACGAAAAUUUCCGCAAAAGGUUAUGGUUUGGCUUGGAGUUUGUUCUAAAGGUGUAUCACCUCUAGUAAUUUUCGAGAAUGGGACAGUCGAUCAUGAUCGGUACAUCAAGGAAGUGCUUCCAGUCGCUCUCAAGUUUGGCAACAAAAUGUUUGGGAACAAUUGGACCUUCCAGCAGGAUGGUGCAAUGCCACACAACCAUGCAAAAUCACAGGAAUGGUGUGGCAAAAAUUUUCCCUCAUUCAUUGACAAGGAUCAUUGGCCUCCAAACAGCCCUGAUUUGAAUCCAUUGGAUUACUGCAUUUGGAACGAACUUGCACAAGCGGUCAAGUGGAAUGCAGUGACAUCUAAAAAGACACUAAUUAUGGCCGUAAAACGUGCUGCCAAAAAGAUUUCAAAAGAUGUUGUUUUUGAAAGUUGCUUGUCUUGGACUAAUCGAUUAUAUCGAUUGUCUCAACACAAGGGAAAUUACCUAGGAUAAUAAAAAUAACUAUUUUUGUAGAGAAUUGAACAAAGAAUUUUUUGAAAAAAAAUUAGAUCGAAAGAACAAAAAUUGGCCGAGAUAUCCAACAAAUACGGGGACCACCAUUCUUUAUGACCCACCCGUUAAAUAUGCAGAUAAGAGUAAAAAUUGAUUUCGAAUGCGAACUCUAUACACAACAUAAUAUUUAGUCCAGUUUUUUUUACAAAGUAAGAAAAAUUUGUUAAAUAUUUUUAUUAUUUAAUAAUUAAUGAUCAAUCAAAUAUUAAAAUUAGGAUGAAAAUAGAUCUUAAAUUUAAAAUCACUAUGGAAGAUUUCUCUGGAUCAAUUUUUUUAACGAAUAGUAGAAGGUGUUCCUAUUGAUCCUUUUUAUGCUCUUUUUACGUUGGAUUAGACAAAUUUUUUUCGACUAAAAUAGUUUCAAAGAUAAAAGUAUUAAUUUCAGAACAGUGAAUAGAAACUUAUUAAUGAUAUAUAACCAAAAGUUAUUUGAUUCUUUCUUAUAUCUAUUUACAUGAAAGAGUAAAUUAUAAAUAUUACGAUACGAUUAUUACUAUAGAUAAUAAAAAAACCUUAACAUCUUUGGUAAUGUUCGAUCGUUUCAUAUGUAUCAGGAUUAACUAUAUUAAAGUAAAAGAUUUUCAUAAAAGUACUAAAAAUUCAAAAAUUCAUUUGGAUUUAAUGAUUCAUUUGGAUUUUCGAUCUACAAACAAUAUGAAAUCUAAAUGAAUGGCGUCAAAAAAUUGCAGUAAGCUCCAGAAAAAAUACCUCGAGCUAUGCAUAAAUAAAAAUGAAAAAUCUAUGGAGAAAGAAUCAACUACUACUUUGAAUCAUAGAGAUAAACGAUACUAUCAUACAAAGGAUAACUGAUUGAAUAAUUAGAUAAUUCAACGAAACAAAUGAAGGAGUUGACAUAUAUGAUAUAAAAAUAAUAGAGAAGGAAAAAAUAAAAAUUACAACAUGUGUAUAAACGAUUGGAUCAUUAAAAUAAUUCCUUACGAGCCUGUUAGCGUCCAUGAUAGUUCACAUGGACACUAACUUGUCAGUCGAGUGCGCCUUCUAGUCUAAUUCGCUUAGAACAUCUGCCCGGAUAGCAGAAGGUAUGGAUUCGAGUCCCAUGAAGGUCAGCUUUUUCUCUCUUUUCGUUCUUCCACU